AACCUCCAUGUCAUUCAACCUCCUCCCUUUCCUUCCCCCCUCCCAAUCCCCUCUCCCCCCGGUCAAUUGAACCGUAGUUACCCGGACCUGGGUCUCUUGACGUCUGCGGUUCUCUCCCCUUCACGUACUCAUCCACUCAUCCACUCCUUUCCCCUCCUAUCCAGCAUGGCUCCCCGAAUACAGAACCCGAUCGGUUCCAACUCUCUCCUCCCUUACCUUUCCUCAUCUUCCACCUCCUCCUCCUUUACACCACUCUCUUCCAGGUCACAGCGGUCAUGUCGGUCUUUCUCUUCCACAAUAGUUCCUCAAACCAGACUCCGCAACCAGAUGUUCCUCUGGCUGCAACAUCAGGCAGCUGAACUCAAACAUCACAAACCAGGCUCGACAAACUAUCUCUCACAGAUCAUACCCGGUUCCCUUUUUCCGGAGUCGAGACCCUUCCCACAAAAUAUCCAUUACCGCUCGGAGAGUAUUCUCAGUGAGGAGCUGCGGAGAGAGAUCCACCACCGGGUGGUCGUCAGGAAGAAGAGUGUGCGGGCUGUCAGUGUUGAGCUUAAGGUCGACAUGAGGAGGGUUGCUGCCGUAGUUCGCUUGGUUGAGUUGGAAAAGAGGAUGACACAAGAGGGUAAACCCCUAGCCUUGCCAUACGCUCGUGCAAUUCACGAGAUGGUUCCGACAACCCCUUUGUACGAUCAGGAGCUGAGGGCCCACGAAGAAAUCAACGACCUACCCGUUCACCGGUUAACUAACCCUCAAAUCUUCUAUCCCGUCUCCGAGUCCCGCCAAUUUAACCGUGUUGACGCUGGUCGCGUCUUCUCCGCCGCCCCAGCCCUAGAACAAGAGCAGGCCGCCAAGGAUGCCGCUGAUGACUCUGAAUUUAUAAGCCGUAUCACCCAGAAUCCCUCCCACAUUGAAGUUGUCGGCAAGGGCGAGGAUGAACACCAGGUCCUCCAGCCGGCGGACGUGCGUAUUCCGCACCCACACAUGAUCUCCAGUAGGCGUGCACAAAAUCUCGUGCCGCAAGAGAGAACCGAGCACCCUAAGAUCUACAGGGCUCAUCUUCAAAAGGCAGAGGAGGCCGAGCAGGAGCGCAAGCGUCGCUCUGAGGAGCGUAAAGGGAAGCAAACUCAGAGAGUGCAGCCUGAGGACUCUCGGUUUGAGUUCCGUAUCAACGACGUUGUCGUCAGCCAGGAAACCACUGGAAAGGAUGGUCGGAACGCUCGUGCCCCUGGUCGGCGGUACGGUGUCCCUAGCUACGACCGGAAGAAGGGCCAGGUCAAGAUCCCGACCCGGGUGGAGGUUUAAAAUGAUAUACUUCCUUCCCUCUCUUGGUGUCAUUUUCCGAAGACAUGGAGCUUGUCUUGUAUAGCACGUUCGUUGCGCAGUGCGGACGGACGAUGGAUGUAUUUGUAUGCCUUGUUGCCUAUUUCAGCUGUACUAUACAGGUUUUGAUUGAUUUUUAUUGGGAGGAGCGUAUUGGUCGUUAUCCUUCCUGGUCGGAUCGCCUUAGCCUGAGCAAUGAAUGUAUCUAUAAUUGUCCUAUCACCUUUAUCGGUCGACUACUCAAUAUACCUUUUCACCUACGAC